ACUGGUGGUGCUGGAUAGCUUAGUGAGAGGAAAUCCAGAACCCGUCAAAGGUUCGUCUUGUACCGCACGGACUAGGGAUGUACCGGUAGGUUUUGUAAAACAAAAAGCAACUUAACAGGACAAACUCAAAACUUACAAAACUCCAUCAGGCUUUCAAACAAGAGGCAGAUCAUCAGGGUCAUAGAUGUCAGUCCACAGCACUCUUUAGGUUCCUCACUACACUGUACAUACCACGUCAAUGCAAAGUGCUCCUUAUCCUGAUCCCAAAGCUGUGUGUUGGUAUUUGCCACAGUGAUAACAUCGCCAAGAUUAUAGAUCCUAUCUGCAGAACUGGGAGAGGGGCUGUCUAUUUAUUUCAUUUUUUUGUGUGAGCAUUGUGUGGACUGAUCAGCUAUUGGUUGACAGCUGGAGGAAUCAUGUAGUGGACCCUCUGUGGGGGGCGUGGACAGUUUCUUUGGGUCACGAUGGUGCUACACACGUCACCCUUUUCCAGUGCCUUCCUCAGGUUCCUGCACUCUCUGUCCUGGGGUCUAAUUUUCCCAUGCUUCUGGUUGUUUGACCGAUUGCUGGCAUCUUUUCUGGCCACAACAUAUGAAAAGCGUCAGCACUCGGAGGACCCCUGUUACUUCCGCGCACUCUGCAUUCUCAUCUCUACGCCGCUGUACUUGGCGUUGGUGGUAGCAACACUUCCGUUUGCAUUCCUGGGAUUCCUACUCUGGGCUCCCCUUCAGGCGGUCAGGAGGCCUUACAUCUACUCCCAGCGGGGCCGGGUAGACAAAAACCAUGCAGAGCAAGGCAACGCCGGGACACCCGUCAAUGACUGGAGGGCUUCAGGAAAGAGCUUUUGCUUCUGCUCAGCCAAUGUGUGCCUGCUACCAGACUCCCUAGCCCGCUUCAAUAACCUCUCAGACACACAAGGCCGGGCCAAGGAGGUGGGAAAGAGGAUCAGCAAUGGAGCUAGUCGUCCACAGAUUAAAAUCUACAUCGACUCACCCACCAACACCUCCAUCAGCGCUGUCAGCUUUACUAGCUUGGUCUCACCCCAGGGAGGUGGGGAGGUACCCAGUAAGGUGGCUUCGGUUGGAGGUGGCAUCAUGUCUUUAACGGAGUACAAACAUGAGAGCAAUGGGGAGGCAGAAAAGGAGCCAGAAGAGAGCAGCAGCAGUAAAUUGCAGGGACAGGAGCAAGAAAACACCCCUUUAAAUGAGACUGACUCAGCUUCAGGGGUUCAGAUUAGCAUCAGCGCUCCGGAACCCUCGAGUGUUCAGGAAGCAGAGGAUGGCCAGAUGCCCAAUGACAAGCUGAAGGAAGGGGAUUCAAGCAGCCUUGAUAGCAGGACUGCCUCCAGAGAUUCCCUGGUAAAGUUUCACAUUAGCGACAGCAAUGCAGUCAACAACAAGUUGGUGUACAGGGCCUCCAUGAUUAAAAAGGCUUCGUCCAGGAAGAGACGACAUGCAGACGACUCUUUUGAUCAUGAGAUAUCUGCCUUUUUUCCUGCCAACCUGGAUUUCCUGUGCCUGCAGGAAGUCUUUGACAAGCGUGCGGCUGAGAAGCUAAAGAACCAGCUGCACCACUACUUCCAGCACGUGAUCUACGAUGUGGGCUGCUACGCCUGGAAGGAUUGUGGCCCUUUCAAAUUCCUCAACAGCGGACUCCUUCUGGCAAGCCGCUACCCUAUCCUGGAUGCUUCAUACCGCUGCUUCCCCAACGGGCGGGGAGAGGAUGCACUGGCAGCCAAGGGGGCUCUUUUCGUCAAGGUGCAUGUGGGAUCUACACCUCAGGAUCAAAGAAUUGUGGGAUAUAUUUCUGGUACUCAUCUGCAUGCUUCGGAAGCGGAUUGUGCAGUUCGGUGUGAGCAGCUUGAUCUACUUGUCAACUGGCAGUCCGAGUUCAGAAAAUCUACCUCCCGUCCUGCUGGGGCAGACAGUCCUGAGGAUAUGGUGGCAUUCAACGUGAUUUGUGGGGACCUGAAUUUCGACAACUGCUCAUCAGAGGACAAGCUGGAGCAGCAGCACUCCCUUUUCACCCUCUACAAGGACCCCUGCCGACUGGGACCUGGGGAGGACAAACCGUGGGUGGUGGGAACGCUCCUGGACCCAUCUGGGCUCUAUAACGAAGAAGUCAGUUCUCCAGAGAAUCUACAAAAAGUCAUGGAGAAUGAAGAGGGGAGAAAGGAAUAUCUGGUAUAUCCUACCAGCAAGAAGCACGGCUCCAGUCAAAAGGGUCGGAAGAUACCACUCAAGGGCAGUGGGAGGAGAAUUGACUACAUACUGUAUGCUGAGGAAGGACUUCAGCCUGAAUGGAAAGUGGAUGUUGAAGAGUUUAGCUUCAUCACCCAAUUGGCAGGGCUGACCGAUCACCUGCCUGUAUCAAUGCGCCUGACAGUCUCAACUGGAGACGAAGAACCCUAGAAACACAGAC